CUUUCUCUCUGGCUUUAACCCCCUUUCCAAGUCAGAUUUAUUUGUAAACCAUUUUUUAAAUCCUGCGCUGUUUGGGCUGUUCAAGAAGGCCGCCUGGAAGCUCAGUACAUUUUUGCUCCUUUCUUUUUUUAUCAACAGUCCAUUUACAUUCUUCUAUGAGGCCGUAGAAUCAGUUUUUUCUUAUCAGGGAAAGAAAAUGCCACGUUCCUUUUUGGUGAAGCAGCCGAAGGUUCACGAUUUCUCAUCUUCCAACUACUACCAUCAGCACCAGCAGCACUGGGACGACUCUUACACUGUGACACAUGCCAUCACAGAGUCGGCCACCAACUUGGCGGUGCGUUUAAGUGAAAAUGGCUACAUCCAUGAUUACAUCAUCCCCUCAGUGUUGCAGAGCACAAAGGAGCCAGGUCAUGACCAAACCGGGCUCUCCUCAGUGCCCCUGUACUCCCCAGGUGGGAGUGGCGGGGAAGAGUUUUCCGACCACGACAUGGAACAUCCAGACAGUCCCGUAUCCACCGGCACAGUCGAGUCAGACAGUAGCGGCCCUGAGUUGGAGGCGUGCAGCAUCAACGCCUUCCUGAUCUCUGAUGGCCGCUCCCGCCGGAGGCCCAAUCAGAGGCGUCCUCGCAAGGCAGACAGCCAAUCAGACAGCAGCGAAGGUGUGAGCUCGGCAGAGUGCAGCCCCACCAAAGUGAAAUCCAAAGGGCGCCACAUGUGCAGCGAGUGCGGCAAGUCUUACGCCACUUCUUCCAAUCUGAGCAGACACAAGCAGACUCACCGCAGCCUUGACAGCCAGCAAGCAAGAAAGUGCCCCACCUGCCACAAGGUGUACGUGUCCAUGCCGGCGCUGGCCAUGCACAUGCUGACCCACGACCUGAAGCACGAGUGCAAGGUGUGCGGCAAAGCCUUUAGUCGACCCUGGCUCCUGCAGGGCCACAUGAGGUCCCACACUGGGGAGAAACCGUUUGCAUGUGCCCACUGUGGCAAAGCCUUCGCAGACCGCUCCAACCUGCGCGCCCACAUGCAGACGCACUCGGCCUUCAAGCACUACUCCUGCAAACGCUGCGACAAAAGCUUUGCACUCAAGUCGUAUCUGAACAAGCACUAUGAGUCGGCCUGCUUCAAAGGGCACCAACCAGAGGAUGACUGCAGCUCUGAGGACUGAUUAGGAAACAUUACUCUUUUUAAUUUCUAUUUAUAUACUUUUUAAGAGUUCGUACAACAAAGUCAGAGAAAAGCUUGCAACUUCUCAGGCCUGUCUCAUGCAUGCAUCAUAAUCCUGCCUUUUUAUAGAAGCAAUAACCUCACUUGAAAUUAUUCAGGAAUUAUGUAUGAAAUUCAUAAAAAUCUCAGUGUUGAUCACAAAUAUAGAAUAUUUUAUAUUGUUUUUUAUAAAUUGAAUUGCAAUAAUUUACAUGCCAGUAUUAUUUUUUAUGCUAACUAGCUCUUAAUUUACCUCAAACAUCUUAAUUGUUAAAAAAAAUGUAUUUGUGUAUUUAUUAAUUUAUUUAACUAUUUAUUUUCUAAUUUUGAAGAUUAUUUAUUUAUUAUUGGUUGAUGUAUUUGUGAACUUAACAUGGAUUUAUGAGAAGCCAUGUAUUGGAUUUGUUGAAAACAAAAGCCAAAAUAUAUUCUGACUCUAUAGUUCUCUGUCUGAUCAAUUUGGUGAUGACAAUAAAACUGAUGAAAAUAAAUGAUUGCUAAAACAGAUAUUUUUCUGUCUAUAGCUUCAAGUCCAGAAUAAGGGCAGUCACGUUUUUAUUCA